CAAAGAAAUUGUGAGUGCAAUACGCGUGGAAAUUCAACAUAAACCGUACUGCUAACACGUCCUUUAGUUCACUCAUCAUGAGCACUUCAGAAAUUCAUAUUCGUUUACCACCGCCUACGGCUGUCCGCCGUGAAGUUCCUGUUGAAGAGUAUUUACAGGUGAAGGAGUCCUAUGACAAGGAGAAACCCAUUGUCUCUGUUCAGACACAGUUCAAUCUUGCUUGGGUACUGAUUCGUUCAAGCUCAGAGCACCAACAACGCCAAGGACUGAACUUGUUUUCAAGUAUCUAUAAGGAAGUUCCAGAGAGAAGACUAGAGUGUCUGUAUUACAUUUCCCUGGCUUACUACAAGCUUUUUGAAUACGACGAGGCACGCCGGUAUAUUGAUAUGUUUCUUGCUAAGGAACCGAAGAACAACGAAGCUGCGUUGCUUCGAGAAAUGAUUCAUCACGACGUCAAAAAAGGUUUGUAUGAAGGAGAGGGCGGCUUUGAUGGAGUAGAGAACGGCUACAUCGGAAUGGCCAUUGUCGCUGGUACAGUGUUUUCGGGUGCUGCACUUUUUGGAUGGGUCACCAAGAAAUUGUUUUUCAACCGCAGCAAGAAGUAA